GAAAUCUAGAAUUGACAGUAUCACAGUAAACGUCAGGAUUUGUGCAAUACAGUUUUUGCAUUCGUGCACUAUGUUUACUAUAGUGUAACCUUUUUGAUCACACGUUAAUUCUGUGCAGGCUCAAUAUGUUAAAUAAAAAACUACGGUUGCAGUUUGAUUAUUCGCCCGUGUCUGGCAAUGUAUGAAUGUUCGCUUAACUGAAGAUCUUCCGAUUCUUCGGAAAGUGACAGAAACGCGCGCACUGAUUUUCCAUACGAUCUUGACCAAAGUAAUGCUUCGGUGCACCACAUUUUAGAAUCUGCGAUAGCUAAAAGUUUACAAAAACGACCUAACAGCGUCUUUGAAUAACUCGUUUCUAAUAAGCUAGUCAAUUAUUAUUAUUUUUACAUAAUUAGAAGAAGAACAAUUUAGGGUAUCCCCAUAAAUUAAAAAAAAAAUACCGCAAAAUGAGAAACAUUGUUCCGGAUUUAUUAAUAUGUUUCGUCAUAAUCGUGACCGUAACAGCGGUUCGAUUGAUAUCCAACAUUCUCCAUGAGAGUCUUGGUGGAGGACCCUCGAUUCCUUCUGCUAUAGAAUCAGCAGUCGCGCAACCAGAGGAACUCACUCUGUCGCAGCUGAUAGAUCGGAAAUCAAAGGAAUACUCCUGGUUGCUAAGACUGUCGGUUAAUACUCUGGGAUAUCUUUGCAUUUUCAUUCCAGGAGUUGUGAUCUAUAAGUACACUCGAAAGAUCAAAUAUUUGGAACGAUCGGAUAAAUCCUUCUUUGGUCACUCGAUACGAGUUUGCUUCGGCAAUGCGGCGGACGGCGAACGCGCAGUUGAUGGUCGCAAUCAGGAUAAAAGUACCGUCGGGAAAAGGAAUUCAUGGCAGGAGUGCGUGUUACUUUGCUACUGCUUAGUAGGAUUAAUGGGAUCAUACUUGACAUGGGGUGUGCUUCAGGAGAAAAUCAUGACUCAACAGUACGAGAAUGCCGAUAAGAAAAAAGCACACUUUAAAGAUUCGCAGUUCUUGGUUUUUACUAAUCGAGUUUUAGGAUUUUUAAUAACAGUCGUUUAUUUAACAGCCAAACAUCAGCUGAAACAAAGAGCUCCUCUUUAUAAGUACUCUUUUGCAUCGUUCUCCAACAUCAUGAGUGCAUGGUUUCAAUACGAAGCGCUUAAGUUUGUUAACUUUCCCACUCAAGUGUUGGCGAAAUCAUGUAAAAUUAUCCCCGUUAUGAUCAUGGGUAAAAUCGUGUCUCGAAACAAGUACGAAUUCUAUGAAUAUCUAACCGCAAUUAUGAUAUCGGUCGGAAUGAUAUUUUUCCUGACAGGGUCUACAGACGAGUCCAAAACAACUGCUAUAACGACUUUAACUGGCGUUUUGCUUCUUACUUUCUAUAUGGUUUUUGAUAGUUUCACUUCAAACUGGCAAGGUGAACUCUUCAAAACCUAUUCGAUGAGCGCAAUCCAAAUGAUGUGCGGUGUUAAUUUGUUCAGCACCUUGUUCACGGCAGCCUCACUUUCCAUGCAAGGCGGUUUCUACAGUUCACUUCAAUUCGCAGCCGAACAUCCGAAGUUUGUCGUGGAUUGCGUUGUUCUUUCGAUUUCUUCGGCCAUCGGUCAACUGUUCAUUUUCUACACGAUCGCCACGUUUGGGGCGGUGGUCUUUACCAUCAUUAUGACAGUGCGGCAAGCAAUUGCCAUUCUGCUCUCCUGCUUGAUAUACAAGCACAGUAUUUCAUUUCUCGGCGUUGUGGGUGUGCUUAUUGUUUUUCUGGCCAUUUUUCUUAGGGUAUACUGCAAUCAUAGGCUGAAAGCAAUUAAACGGCGACACGCAACGGAUGCUGCUGCCGGAAAGCCACGGUUGAAUGUAUGAGCAACCAAAAUGCUUGAAGAAUGUUUAGUCUGUUAUCAAAUUUAAUCAAAGCACAAGAAUCAAUCCUUGCGAGGGGACUUAAAGCGGAGACUGCAAGUAAUCGCAUGUUCUAGAAUUAGCAUGUAUUGAAAAUUGUACACAAUGUAGGUUCAAAUGGUGUUUUAUGUUUCAAACUGUGCAAUGCGGCGAAAUAACUGAAAGGCAAUUUGUUAAGCUUUAUUCUUGAAUUGAGCGAAAAAAUGAUAAAAUAGAAUGUGUUAAAUACAUGAACUCAACCGUGAAUUAUCCGUAAAA